GCUGCUGCUGCUGGGCGCUACGUGGCUGGCAGGCCCGGCCCGUGCGCAGAAUGAGACGGAGCCCAUCGUGCUGGAGGGCAAGUGCCUGGUGGUGUGCGACUCUAACCCCACCUCCGACCCCACGGGCACGGCCCUGGGCAUCUCCGUGCGCUCCGGCAGCGCCAAGGUGGCGUUCUCUGCCAUCCGGAGCACCAACCACGAGCCGUCCGAAAUGAGUAACCGCACCAUGAUCAUCUACUUCGACCAGGUGCUAGUGAACAUCGGGAACAACUUUGAUUCCGAACGCAGCACUUUCAUCGCCCCGCGCAAAGGGAUCUACAGUUUUAACUUCCACGUGGUAAAAGUCUACAACAGACAGACCAUUCAGGUGAGCCUCAUGUUAAACGGGUGGCCGGUGAUUUCAGCCUUCGCUGGGGACCAGGACGUGACCAGGGAGGCCGCCAGCAACGGAGUCCUAAUCCAAAUGGAGAAAGGCGACCGAGCAUACCUCAAGCUGGAGCGGGGGAACUUAAUGGGGGGCUGGAAGUACUCGACCUUCUCCGGAUUCCUCGUGUUUCCCCUCUGACUGGCUCCUAACCGGGAUGGAGGCCGGGAGAGGGCGAAGGCAGGAGAGGGAGAGACAAACAGGCUGAAAUUAAGAAGGCGAGAAAGCGGCACCACUUGAAACUUCCCACACGUUCCCCGUCCUCAUCGGGUAAUCAGGUGCGCACCGGCGGUUGGACAACUUGGUGUUUCCUUGUUAGAAGCAAAUUCCGCUUAGCUCUGCGCACUCCCGUUUCCAAAAAUAAACUCGCCUCCCCCAGUCCACUUGCAGUAAUCAAGGAAAGAGACUGCCUUGUCAUUGUUUCUUACUCCCAUGUUCAUGUUCCCAGCGAUUAUUUAAAAGAAACUUUGUAUUUAACUAUGUAAUGUGAAAUAUUUUCCCUGUCCCCCUCUGAAACCUCCCAGUUACUGAAAUCUAAUAUUUUCCUCCCCACUCCUUUUUUAGUUUGGAGAGGGGUUGAGUUUUUUAUUUUGUUUUAUUUUCUGUUUUUGUUUCUGAAUGGGGAAAGUAGUUUUAAUCUGACAAGUAUUGCUCUUCUUAAAACAUUUCGGGUUAAUUAGCUGAAGAUACGUUGUAUCCUCAGCUGCCUAUUAGCUGAGAAAGGACUCACCUCGCUGGUGACUGGUUUAAAAUAUACAUAAAUAUAUAUCGUUUGUACACGAAGAACUCUUCCCAGUGGAAACUGGCCGUGAUCCUGUAUUUCUAUGUCCUGUUCGGAGUGGUCGUGAGUCUAAGGCUGCUUGGUGUUCUCAUGCUUGUCAACACCCUCGUGCUCUGUGGCCCCGCUAACCGCCCAGGAGGGUCUUCCGAACGCUUUCUCGUCCUCUGUACCAUACAUGUGAAUAGCCAAGAUUUAAUUUUGCUUUAAUCCAAUAAAGUCAAAGUGGGACUUUUAUUUUUCUGAAACAGCUUUCUGAACUCCGCAUCUUCCCAGGCUUCGAAGGUGAAGCUGGGGACCGAGGGUGCCCAGGGCGAGGUUCAGGGAAGCAGGAGGCACGAGAAUGCCACCAGAAAGGCCCGACGCCAAGGCUCACCUGAAGCUGGUUGGAGCUCCCACUUGCACCAGGCCUCAGCCCGCCUGCUUCACCUGUGCGCCCUGCUUUGCUUGGCCCAAACCUAAGAAAUGGGGCCCCGCUUGGGAGCGAAGUUUGGGUUUUUCGGAUUCCAAAUGCGUCGGAAUCAUCCCCAUUGGAAGACCCAAAACCAGCCUGCCCGAGUGGCAGCUUCCCCGCGCCUUCUGCUCCUGGAUGUCCCCAACCCUCCUCUGCUCCGCAACUCCCGCCGCGUACGUUUUAUACCAACGCCUCCGAAUCCCGAGUCGCCUGCCAAUGACCUGGCACCCUGGACCUGUGGUUGCACUCAUUCGCAGGACUUUUCUUGGAGAGGUUCGUCCAGGAGUUUUGAUUGUAUUGGAACAUAAUGUGAAAGCAAAAUUGAAAUAAACGACUUCGUUUUAAGUCUGGAA